ACAAAAAUUUUGAAAAGGAAGAAUGCGGGACAGCAUUACUAAUCUUUCUUUCUGCACAAAGUACAUUAUUUUAUUUGAUUAUAAUUUCCAUUGUGACAUGAAAUCUAUUUCGUGUUAAUUUAACAAUUAAAUCUGCUGCAAAUCGUGCAGUCCACGAAAACAAAUCAAAAUCCGAAAAGAUGUUGCAUCUAUAGCUCGGAAAAUAACUUGAAAAAAAAUAUCAAAUAACUCGCGCGUGCUAUUUCUCUCAUCUUUAAGAAGAAAAAAAGAAACGAACAAAAAAGUUGUGCUUCUCCAUUCAUCCAGAAAAAACGGCGGCGACACCACCACAGCAACUCUGCAAACUGCAACCAUUCAUCACAAUUUUUAUAACGAACAUCAGGAGAGGAGGCGAAAAGUACAAAAAUACAACACAAUAGAGCCCCAAAAAUCACAGUUGUUUGUUUAAAUUGUUUGAGGAAGAAAGCGAAUAGCUAAGCGAAGGCAGCAGCAUCAGCAAAAGCAGCAAUCUAAUCAAAAAUAAAAAAUGGGUACAACUUUGUCAGAACCUAUAACCGCAAAGGAAUCAUCCUAUUGCCAAAAUGAGCAAUAUCGCGUGGGAUCGAGUUGUAUGCAGGGUUGGCGUAUAAGCAUGGAGGAUUCGCAUACGCACAUCUUGUCUCUUCCCGACGAUCCAGGUACUUCAUUCUUUGCUGUUUAUGAUGGGCAUGGCGGCGCUACGGUUGCGCAAUAUGCGGGGAAGCAUUUACACAAAUUCAUAAUAAAAAGACCGGAGUACGAGGAGGAUAUACAAUCGGCCUUGAAACAGGCCUUUCUUGACAUCGAUUCAGAGAUGUUGUACAACGAAUCUUGUGGCGAACAAAUGGCUGGUUCCACUGCUGUGGUUGUGCUAAUCAAAAAUAAUCGACUGUAUUGUGCCAAUGCAGGUGAUUCUCGAGCUAUUGCCUGUGUAAAUGGUGAUGUAGAGGUUCUAUCACUUGACCAUAAGCCAAAUAAUGACGCCGAAACAAAACGCAUCUACGAAGGUGGUGGCUGGGUCGAAUUCAAUCGUGUUAAUGGCAAUUUAGCCCUAUCUCGAGCAUUGGGCGAUUUCGUCUUCAAAAAGAACGAAUCCAAGAAACCCGAAGAACAAAUUGUCACAGCUUAUCCCGAUGUCGAAACCCGUGAAAUCACCGAAGAUUAUGAAUUCCUAGUGCUUGCCUGUGACGGAAUCUGGGACGUUAUGACCAACCAAGAAGUUAUUGAUUUCUGUCGUGAACGCAUCGCCAGCGGCAAGUAUCCCGAAGAGAUUUGCGAGGAACUUAUGACCCAUUGCUUGGCACCCGAUUGCCAAAUGGGUGGACUUGGUGGCGAUAAUAUGACCGUGGUUCUUGUCUGUUUCCUACAUAAUAAAUCCUAUGAGGAUUUAAUAGAACGUUGUGCGUCCAGCACUUCCACUUCCAACAAGACCAACAAUACUGCAUCCAAGAGGUGGGAAUUAAAGGAAAUUCCUGUCUAGUAAUAAUGAUUCAAAAAAAAAAAAAUAUCCAAACAUUCUCCAUACUCUAUUUUAUAUGCAUAUAUAUUAUAUAUUUUACGUUACUUAAUGAUUGUGUUCGUUUUAGCUUUUCUUUUUUUAAAAAAACAAAACAACAACAAAAGAUUUAAAAUUAAUUAUUUUUGAAGAUAUCCUAAACGAAAUGAGAGAUAUUUUUUACCGUGGGUAGUUUUCAAAUUUUAUUUUCAUUUCGAUGUUUUGAUUUAAUUGUUUUUUAAGUAUCAACAGACAGAAUUCAUCAGAAUAAUUGUCUGUUUUCCAAAUUACCACAUACAUACACACACAAAUGCAUAUGUUUUCUUUUCUAAAUUAGAAAUUUUGUACAUAAAAAAAAAUAACGAAAAAAAAACAUAAUUAGAAAUACAAUUUAAAAGAAAAAAAAAUAAUAUAAAACAAGUGCCGCAUAAUGUUUGGCUAUAAGAUCUAUUAAUUAAUAUGCUGCAAGAGCGAUGAAAUGUUGAAAUGUUUAUUAAGACACAGAAAAAAGAAAAAUCAAAAAAAAAAACCAUAACCUUUCGAUGUAAUUCCAUAACUCUUCAAGAAUAAAAAAAGAUUGUUUUGAUUUUAUAUCUCUUGGUUACAACGAUUCUGCCUUUAAUUCUUCUUCAAAAUGAAAUGAAUCAAAACAAAUUAAAAGAAACAAAAUAAAAAAAUAUGUGCCUCUUAUUGAUUUUGCAUUGUAUAACAUUUCAAUAUGUAUCAAAAGUUUGUUUUUAUUUUUUAUUAUAUUUUACUUUAUUUUACGUUAUUUGUAUCUAUCUUUUAUUUCUUUUUUUUGUAAUGAUUUUUGAUUUUAUUUUAAUAUUUUAUAUAAAUCCUUUUCUUUUACUUUUGUAGAUAAAUGAAAUGUGUAAAUUGAUUAUAAGUGCAGAACCUAAGACCUAAGAACCUUACAAUAAAACAAACAAAGCAUAAUAAUGUAGAUUAAUACAAACAAAA